UGACGUCACCGAACUGCAAUUGAACGAAUGAAACUAACGAACGACCGAGUCCCUACCGGAGCUACCGGGAGGCAGUAGCGUUACAGAGCGAGUCCCCGCCGCCCGGAGGAGCCAAACGGAGGAAGGUCCGCUGUGAGCCGCCGUGAGAACGUCGUGCUGGAAUCAAACGAUGCGAGCGCUGCUCCCCGCCGCCCAGUAACACACACUACCGACCGCCGGAGAGGAAGAGAACCGUUACCGUGAUUUCACAGACGGAGGACGGACGGACCACCACCGAGAACCACGCUUGAGAAGCGAACUACAGCGGUGGCUACAUCGUGCUGGGGUUGGGCUUUUUUUUUUCGCGCCGUGGAUCAAACCGAGUGGAUCCUUUGAUUUAAAUGCUUUAACGGCGCCGUGUCCCCCGGCUUGAGAGCGAGAGAGAGGGAGCUGCCCAGAGAGAGAAAGAGAGAGACAGAGAGGGAUCAUAGAGGGAUCGAAGGCACAGCACAGAGGAGGAGGAAAUUAACCAAGAAAGAGAAAGAAGAAGAAGAAGAAGAAGAAGAGAAGAAAAAAAAAAAAAGGGGGGAUUUGCAUACCAGCGUUGUUUUCACGCACCCGUUUCAUUGAAUCCAGUUUUCACUGCCUUUUCUGCCGUGGAUCCCGGUAUCGGUAACGCUAUCAAGCUGUGUUCUCUAACCAUGGGAUGUACUCUGAGCGCAGAGGAGAGGGCGGCUCUGGACCGGAGCAAAGCCAUCGAGAAGAACCUGAAGGAGGACGGGCUCACCGCGGCCAAAGAUGUCAAACUGCUGCUGCUCGGGGCUGGAGAGUCAGGGAAAAGCACCAUCGUCAAACAGAUGAAGAUCAUCCAUGAGGACGGUUUCUCUGGCGACGACGUAAAGCAGUACAAGCCUGUCGUUUACAGCAACACCAUCCAAUCUCUGGCUGCCAUCGUGCGCGCCAUGGAUACGCUGGGCCUGGAGUAUGGAGACAAAGAACGGAAGGCGGAUGCUAAGAUGGUGUGUGACGUGGUCAGUCGUAUGGAGGACACAGAGCCUUACUCCGCCGAGCUGCUCUCCGCCAUGAUACGUCUGUGGUCCGACUCGGGCAUCCAGGAGUGUUUCAGCCGCGCCCGAGAGUACCAGCUCAACGACUCAGCGCAGUACUACCUAGACAGCCUAGAUCGGAUUGGUGCGCCAGACUACCAGCCCACAGAGCAGGACAUCCUGAGGACCCGAGUGAAGACCACAGGCAUCGUCGAGACACACUUUACCUUCAAAAACCUCCACUUCAGGCUGUUUGAUGUGGGGGGUCAGAGGUCGGAGAGGAAGAAGUGGAUCCACUGUUUUGAGGAUGUCACAGCCAUCAUUUUCUGUGUGGCACUCAGCGGAUACGACCAGGUGCUGCAUGAGGACGAGACCACGAACCGAAUGCACGAGUCUCUGAAGCUGUUUGAUUCCAUCUGUAACAACAAGUGGUUUAAGGACACCUCCAUCAUCCUCUUCCUGAACAAGAAGGACAUCUUUGAAAACAAGAUCUGCAAAUCACCCCUGUCCAUCUGCUUCCCUGAGUACACUGGUCCAGACACUUACUUGGAGGGAAUAGACUACAUUAAGUGUCAGUACGAGAGCAAGAACAAGUCACCCAACAAAGAGGUCUACUCCCAUGUGACCUGCGCUACAGACACCAACAACAUCCAGUUUGUCUUUGAUGCUGUCACUGAUGUCAUCAUAGCAAAUAACCUGCGGGGGUGUGGCCUGUACUGAUGAUUAAAUGUUAGCCAAUAGAUGAUGGGUGUUUGACUUGUAUUUUCCAAUGUGGGGUACCAUGUCAGUGAUGUGAUCAAUAUGUUCAUGAUGUCAUUAUAUUGCUUUACCGUAAGACUCGCCAUUAGUCCAACUUACCUCUUAAAUAAUGAAUUGGUUGGUUGGGUGAGACUUCUUUUAAGGUAUUUGUCUUUUUUACUUCCUUCUAAAGAAGAACUAAUUGCUGUAAAGUUACUGUAUUUGUGCAUUUAUUUAUAGCUCCAAAUCUUUUGCUGGUGUGCUGCAGAAAUCUUGCACAACACCUACAGUCGGCUUUACAAGGAUACAAGAUUCCUGAGACUGGUUUGUACGUACAGUAGUGCUGUGUUACUCAAUCAACUAGACAGAAUGCAAAUGAAGUGCAGCCAUCUUAGGGGUUCACCAGCAGUCCCGAAAAAUAGUGUAACAAGAAUUAUGUCUCUACCCCAAAGUAUUCUAAUUGUUUUUAUUUAAAUUUGAUUUGAAUAUAUGAGUAUGUCGUCCAAGCAGUAUCAAUCAAGUUCAUUUCAAUCUCAGUUUGCUUCAGAAAGUUGUUCUUCAGACUUCAUGUUCACCACAUGAUCAUGUACAUGAGAUCUUAGACUAUUGACAAGAUUAUGUCCAACCUACUAUAAAGAAAUGCAAAGAAAAUAGAAAUCAGCAAAAAAAGCAUUUAUAUUUAUACUUUAUGAAAAAUAGCUUUUGUAGCACCCCUCCUUAUCGGGUGACCGUCCUGCUCAGAUGUAGUAGGGUAGUUUCCAACUGUCUUGUUGCACUAAGCCAUGCUCUUUUAACUAUUGAGCUCCAAAAUGACUAUUAUUUAAUAAAUAAAUGAGACAUAAUGACUUAAAUCAUCAUAUGAAUUAAUAUAGAAAAUAAUUGAUGAACCACUCAUUGUGAAAUUAUUAGAUACAAGUCAAACAAAACUGAUUAUUAUUAAGUGUAUUAUUUUCACAAUAAUUUAUUUCAUAGCACUUGCUGAGCCUGCUAAGAGGCUGGGACCAGCAGCAGAAUAGUAACAGAAAAAUGUCAGUGAAAUAAAAAAUACACUUUCAUAUAGAGCAUUUUGAGAUUGCUUUAAUGAAAUAAGCAAUCACAGUGAACCAUACUGAAAUUAUGAAAUAGCAUUUAGAGUUUUAAUUGCAUAUUAAAUUAGUUCAAAUUGUAUUCGUUUGUAUAUUUUUCUGUACUUUUUCAUAUGAUGGUUUAGUUGUCUAGUUAUAAUAUGUAUUGGUUAAAUAUUGCCCCUUAGUAGUUCCAUAUUAAACAGUCUGAUGCCAGAGAGUCCGCUGCAGCUUUGCCAGUCACUAGAAGCACAUUCACGAUUAUUUGUGAAGGUUUGUGUGUGGUACUGUUAAGCUAGCGGUUGUAUUUUAGCUAAACUAAUGGCUCAGAGAGGCUAACUUUCCAAUAUAUGAAUCAGUCUGGUGAUGCUUCGAAAGCACAAGCCUGCACUGAAAUACUAAAGCAAAAACCUAGCACAAGUACUCCUGUAAAUGAUGCAUCUAUUGUAUUAUAUUAGUAUACAUUUGAAAAUGAGCACAGUGGUUCCACAGCUGGAGGGGGUGGGCGGCCCUUCUCUGAUUAGAGGGCGUUAACACUCUUUAUUUCAUAUUAAUGUGAUGACGUAAAGUAGUCCCAAACUCUACGUCAGCAUUGAGCUUGCAAGAUUCAGAGUGAUUCAAAACAGUAGAUUUUUAAGACAUGAAUUGAUAUAUUUCAUCAUGUUACAGUCAUGUUAUUUAGUUUACAGCUCAUACGACAUUUUUAAGUGUGCAUUGCCUCUUUAACAUAAUGAUUCAACAAGUAGGACCAAUUCAUCUCAUCCUGAGGGAAGAGGGGGUUUAUCAGAGUGGGCUGUUCAGAAUAUGAAAUGUAAUAAGACCAAAGGUAAUCCCACUUAUGACUGUUUUUCUGUAAAGUGACAUUUCUAUUUUUUUACUACAUUGCAAAUUGAUGGUACCUAGGAUGAUAGGUUCAGCCAGUAUAUCCAAGUUAAAUGUGUAGGAUUUGAACAUUUCCGACUUUGGCGACUCCUCUUGGUCAUAUCAAAGGUUUGGCUAGGAUUGCCUCAUUUUUCAACAAUCAAAAUUUCAAAAAAAUUAUAAUCACAUUCACAAUUGGGAUUCAAGAAGAAAUAAAAUUAUUUUGAAUAUUAUUAGAAGAAAUAUUUAUUUUAUUUUUGGUGUCAUUUGACUUAAGCAUAGAGUUGACGUGCUCAUUGACAGUUCAGUCAUUUUGUUCAGUUCUGUGGGGCAUCAGUCAAGGUUGGAGCAAUGGUAGCUUAUCAUUUUAUUGAAAACCCAAACAGGAGUUCAUACAGCAGAACUCAAUUGUGUAUUUCCAUGUUGCUGGGAAACUGCUUGGUUAUCACAUAACCUUAGUGUUUUGGACUUGGAUGCAUUUCAUUUGGAAGUAAAUUUGUUCUUUGUCCCUAUAGAGGAAGGUAAUUGAAAUUGUACUUUUGAUAAAAAAUUAAAAGAGGUGAGCAGUAUAAUUUCUUGUUUUUUUCCCUUCACCUUAAAUGUAAAGCUCAUAUUUAAAUUUACAGUGAGGACGUUGCUAUCUAUGUUAUUUAUUCUGCCAUCACCCCUCAUCCAUGUGGAUGUCACCUUUGCUCAUAUGUUAGGAUUGGUUUUCCAGGCCCCCUUGCUGCAGCAUGCAUGGGUCCACUAUAAAAUCACUUUAAACAGAGGAGCUACAAGAGUGUGCUGACUCAACCACACAAUUGCCAGAUAAUGCUUCAAAGGAAGCAUCGAUUUUAUGAGGCCGUGGGGCCGCAUCCAUUGUGUGGGGCUGCACAGUGUAAUAUCCCUAUCGUCCACCACUCUGCCUUAUUAAGCCAGAGGUGAGCUUUGAAAGAUUGUGUGCUGGUGAGUACAUAUGGUCCUCUGGGACACGAAUGUCAAUCUUGUUGUUUUAGUCCUGAUGUUUUGCUUUCUGCUGAGCGGGUUCCAUUUCUGCUAGAUGGUAGUCGUCCCAGAGCUCCUGUUGGACUGAGGUUUGAUGUAGUGCACAGCUUAGGGGGAAUAAAAAGUGAUGUGUGCAAUUGGUGGGAGCAGUUCAGGUUUGAGCCUUAAUGUUAAAGCCAAAGAGAUGCAUAUAAUACCAGGAAAAUAUCAUCAGCUCCUCCCUUCUUCCUUUAUAAGCAACAGUUUACAGCAUCGCAUAGAAACUGAGCCGUGUUUGUCAGUGGGACUUUGUUGAUUUGACUGAGCUGAGUGUGUUUACAGCUUUACUGCUGUGAGUGCUCCCUGGCAAACAGAGGCAGAGAGCUUCUUUAUUUAUGUAUGAGCGCGGCAUUUGCUAUAUUCCACUCUUCCCUCGACACUCAAACAGCUAGGACGUGUCUCCACCCUCUGCUCAAAGCUGCGAUUUUUAAAACAGGUAGACGACGUCAUCGGCUCUUCCUUCCACAUUUGUGCCAACUUUUCCUAAUUAGAGAACUGCCUAAGGCUGUUGAUCAGCCUGUUCUCUCUCUCUGUGUGUGUGUGUGUGUGUGUGUGUGUGUGUGUGUGUGUGUGUGUGUGUGUGUGUGUGUGUGUGUGUGUGUGUGUGUGUGUGUGUGUGUGUGUGUGUGUGUGUGUGUGUGUGUGGUUAUGUCUUUGUAUCCUGUGUGUAAUCGUGUGUGUUUGCAGAUUGUAUAUAGUCACUUACGUGUGUGUCUGUUGAGAGUACGGGAAAGGUCAGUGUGUGUGUGUGUGUGUGUGUUUCUGUGUCUGCGUGUGUGUGCUUGUCUAUGGUGUGCGCGUAUGUGCGUUGUGUGAGAGACAACAUCAGCCCAUGGGUGUUGUGGCGGAGUCAGUAUCUGUGGAUUAAUUACCCAGAAGGCACCUAUCUACCCUUUCCACACACACAGGCCCUCUACACAAACCCACACAUACGUACACACACACACUGAAGACAAACACACCCAUGGGACUUCAAAAUGUCACAACACCUUUCUUGCCGGUGCCAAAUAAUACCACCGUAUCCCACCAAAGAGAGCUUUUUUGGUUCUUUUGCCAAACAUGAAGCCUGCUGCUGAAGGCCUCUAGUUUCUGAUCUUCUCCAUUGUUUAAUUCAUUACAUGAUGUGAAAGGAAGAUCUUACUGCAUUAGCUCUAUGAUUGACUUCACUUCCCACUUCUGUCAGCCGUGACACUGCAGGGAAGCUUCCCUCCUUUUUUUAAAGUAUGUCGAAGUGUGUGCAAGUUUUUUUAGACAGGCAAGUUUUGUUUGUAAUUUGCAUAGAGGCCGAACUAAUAUUUUACACUGACAUGCUGAAAACAAUUAGCAUCUGUGCAUGUGCACAGUGCAAGACACAGAAGUGACAAAACAAACUAUUCUGACUAUUCUGACUUUUGCACCUGAAUCAUGCCCUUGCCCAUUACAGGCUUUUUCUGUCCUGUGUAUGCCCUGUCGCUGUAAAAGUGGCCUGAAGUGUGAUUAAUUCAUAGUUUGUUGAAUGACUGAAUAAUUUAGUUUAGCAUCAUCCUCACUUAAAGGUCAAGUGUGUAACAUUUAGGAGGUUCUAUUGUCAGAAAUGGAAUAUAAUAUUCAUGGUUAUGUUUUCAUUACAGAAUAUAAGAAUCAUUGUGUUUUCGUUACCUUAGAAUGAGCUGUUUUUAUCUACAGAGGGAGCGGGUCCUCUUCAGAAUCUGCAAUGUUUCUGCAGUAGCUACCCAAACACUGGCUCUAGAUAGGGCCUUUUGGGAGUUUUGCACCCAACAUAGUUUCUCCUUCAUGGUUGGAGGGAUGGGCUGGGGGCUGUCUUUAAGUCCUUUGGGUUCUGCACAGUCCCCUCACCUCACCAAUAUCAGUGAUGGCAGUUUUAAUCACCCGCCACAGAGUCCUCCUCACAUCCUACGCCAGUUAGACAGACAUAUAGCCAAAAAAUUCCAUGUAAUCAUUUGAUUUGCUCUCAUUGCUUUGCUCUCUCUCUCUCUCGCUCUCCCUCUCGCUCUCUCUCUCUCUCUAAUAGCUCUAAAGCUAUUAGUAGUUUAUAAGGUGGCGACAGGGUUGAUGCUUCCUCAGAGAGGAAAUAUGAGCAGAUCACUGUCUCUGUCUCUGUCUGUGUCUGUCUGUGUGUGUGUGUGUGUGUGUGUGUGUGUGUGUGUGUCUGUGUGUGUGUGUGUGUGUGUCUGUGUGUGUGUGUGUGUGUGUGUGUGUGUAUGUGUUUGGGCAUGUAUAUGUGUGCUUUUGUGCUUUUCACAACCUGUCUCUACUCCUGAUGAAUUACCAAUAAACCCCAAACAACCAGUGGGAAAUGAUAUCAGCACGCAAGGCUGAGAGAAUAGUGGGUGUCACAGUGAUAAAUAACGGACUCCUUUAGGCAGAAGUGAAGGAGAGAUUUGUGGGUAAUGUAGUCUGAGGUCAUGACAGAGACGGUUCAUGGGUGGUAGUGUAUUUCUUUUUUAGGUGGCUGGCUCUGAUGUGAAUAAUAGAAUCAGGGGUUUAUUCAGAUAACAAAGGUGCUAGUUCAUCUGGGCAGCAGGUGGUGGCACAAAAGAACUGUUAGCACCUUGAGCCAAUCCAGUGCCGUAGCAGCAUAAACAAUUCCCCACAAUGGUAGCCAAGUAAAGAACUGUGUUGAGUUUUGAUCCCAGAGUUUGGUGCCAAAUGUUUGCCAUAUUGGAUUUAAAUGAGCUUUUCGCUGACUUAUGUAUGCUUCACAUUAAGAAUUGGAGUUUUGCUUGUAAAUGCUUUUAAAGAAGUUCAGUUCACACUCAACCUUUGCAGUCCAUAAAAUGAGCAUGACGAUUCAGAAAGCCACCGGGCACAUGACCGUAAUGAACUGUAGAAUGAAGGAGGCAGAGUACAAUGUGGUUACAGUCCUUGCACUCAUCGUGCUCUCAGCCCGUACUGCUGCAGUGCUUUUAGCCUUCCACCCUCCAGUGCCCACACCAUUGAACCCCUCAGUCCAAGACCAAUCAGCACCUGUCUAUACUGUACAGAUCGCUUGCAGCAAAAUGCAAACCUGUUUUUGUGUAUGUUUGUGUGUCUAUAUGUGUGUGCCAUUUUACUGUGCACUGUAAGUAAAAUAUAUCUGCUGUAUCUCCCCACUGCUGUGAUAAUUUAUUGAAAGUUGUAUUUAUACAAGAGACAUGACAAUAAAGCACCACAUGAGUAACUCGA